AUGAGAAAUUUCAGUGGAGGCCACAUAGCAGAGUUUGUUUUGGUGGGCUUCCCUACCUCUCCACCACUCCAGCUACUCCUCUUUGCCCUCUUCCUUGCAAUUUAUCUGCUGACAUUGUUGGAGAAUGCACUCAUCAUUUCCACAAUCUGGCUCACUCCAAACCUUCAUCGCCCAAUGUACUUUUUCCUUGGCCAUCUCUCCUUCCUGGAGCUGUGGUACAUCAAUGUCACGGUUCCCCGGUUCUUGGGAGAAUUUCUUACCCAGGAACAUAGAGUCUCCUAUGUAGGUUGCAUGACCCAACUCUACUUCUUCAUUGCCUUAGCCUGCACUGAGUGUGUCCUGUUGGCAGUCAUGGCCUAUGACCGCUACUUGGCCAUUUGUGAACCUCUCCGUUAUUCUAGUCUCAUGUCUUUCAGCGUGGCCACUCGACUUGCUACUUCCUCUUGGGGCAGUGGCUUCUUCAGCUCCAUGAUGAAGCUUCUUUUCAUUUCCCGAUUGUCUUACUGUGGACCCAAUAUCAUCAACCACUUUUUCUGUGAUAUCUCUCCACUACUUAACCUCACCUGCUCUGACAAGGAACAAGCAGAAUUAGUAGACUUCCUCUUGGCCCUUGUAAUGAUUCUACUCCCUCUGUUGGUUGUGGUUUCAUCAUAUGCCUCCAUAAUUGCAGCCAUUCUGAGGAUUCCUACUGCCCAGGGACGCCACAAAGCCUUUUCCACUUGUGCCUCUCACCUGGCAGUGGUUGUCAUCUACUAUACCUCUACUCUCUUCACCUAUGCACGGCCCCAGGCCAUGUACACCUUCAACCACAAUAAGAUCAUCUCUGUGCUCUACACCAUCAUUGUACCGUUCCUCAACCCAGCUAUCUACUGCCUGAGAAACAAAGAGGUGAAGGAUGCCCUCAGGAAGGCAGUCCUGCACAGAUGCCAUUCUUCAGGUGAUAUCCAAGAUUGA